CAUAUAAUUUAGUGGAAAAACAAAGUUUGUAAAAGUUCUACGUACUUUUAAGAACAGCUUGCAUUUGGACACAUAAAAUAUCCUAUGCCUUGAGAACAUUAAUUUCUCAGUCAAGACGCAGGGUGGCGCUGCAGGCUAAGAUUGUGAAAAAAGAGCCCUAAAAGCUCCAGUGUUCCUUUGUUGCAAGGAGGAAUCAAAACACCCGGAAGGAGCUUGGCCAGCAGUACUGGAUUACCAACGAAUUUGGGCUGCGAUAUACUAAACAAAUUUAAGAUAAAAAAAACAACUUUGUGAGGAUUCCACCAAAUAUCUUGAGUCUUUUUGUGGUUGCUGAGGGGAUUGGAUGUAAGGACUCCGGCAUCAACAUGGAGACGCUAGAGGGAAUUCAACCGAACAGGCAAGUGAUGGCCUUUAUUUUGAUGGUGAUAUUGUCUCAGUCUCGCCCAGAGCCUGUUCAUUAUUCUGUGCUGGAAGAAACAGAGAGCGGCUCAUUUGUAGCGCAUCUGACCAAGGAUCUGGGCCUGGAAGUCGGGGAACUGGCCGCCCGGUCGGCCCGGGUGGUGUCUGACGAUGACAAGCAGCGCUUGUGGCUGGAUCGUCAGACAGGAGAUUUGCUUUUGAGGGAGAACAUAGACCGGGAAGAGCUGUGUGGUCCCAUUGAACCGUGUGUCCUGCAUUUCCAAGUGCUCCUGGAAACACCGGUACAGUUUUUUGAAGGAGAAUUAUCAAUCCAGGACAUAAAUGACCACUCCCCAGUAUUCCCGACCAGGGAAAUGCUCUUGAAAAUACCAGAAAACAGCCUCCCAGGGACUCUGUUUUCAUUGAAAUCAGCUCAGGAUUUGGAUGUGGGAAACAAUGGUCUUCAAAAAUACACUAUCAGCCCCAAUUCUCAUUUUCACAUUCUCACUCGCAAUCAUAGUGAAGGCAAAAAGUACCCAAAUUUGGUGCAAGACAAAGCCCUGGACAGAGAGGAGCAGUCUGAGCUCAGCUUAAUUCUCAUGGCUAUAGACGGUGGGUCUCCCCCCAAAUCUGGCACCAUCACGGUGCGAAUACUGAUCAUGGACGUCAAUGACAAUGCUCCUGAGUUUGUGCACACCCCAUAUGAGGUACAGGUCCUGGAAAACAGCCCUCUAGAUUCCCCAAUACUUAGUGUCUUAGCUAGGGACAUAGAUGCUGGAAACUUCGGGAGUGUUUCCUAUGGCUUCUUUCAAGCAUCAGAUGAAAUUAAACAAACUUUCUCAAUAAAUGAAGUCACAGGAGAAAUCCGACUGACAAAGAAAUUGGAUUUUGAACAAAUUAAGUCUUACCACGUGGAAAUUGAGGCGACAGAUGGAGGAGGCCUUUCUGGAAAAGGCACGGUAGCCAUAGAAGUGGUGGAUGUGAACGACAAUGCCCCUGAGCUGACCAUAUCUUCACUCACCAGCUCCAUCCCAGAAAAUGCUCCUGAGACUGUAGUUUCUGUCUUCAGAAUUCGAGAUAGAGACUCUGGAGACAAUGGAAAGAUGAUUUGCUCUAUUCCAGAUAAUCUGCCAUUCAUUCUAAAACCAACUUUCAAGAAUUUCUACACUCUGGAAACAGAGAGCCCCCUGGACAGAGAGCACAGAUCCGAGUACAACAUCACCAUCACCGUCACCGACCUGGGGACACCCAGGCUGAAGAGCCAGCACAGCAUCAGCGUGCAGGUGGCCGACGUCAACGACAACGCCCCGGCCUUCAGCCAAAGCGCCUACACCCUGUGGGUCCGCGAGAACAACAGCCCCGCCCUGCACAUCGGCAGCGUGAGCGCCACCGACCCGGACUCGGGCGCCAACGCGCGGGUCACCUACUCGCUGCUGCCGCCCGGCGACGCGCGCCUGCCGCUGGCCUCGCUGGUGUCCAUCAACGCGGACACCGGGCAGCUGUUCGCGCUGAGGCCCCUGGAUUUCGAGGCGCUGCGCGCCUUCGAGUUCGGCGUGGGCGCGGCCGACGGCGGCUCGCCGGCGCUGAGCAGCCGGGCGCUGGUGCGCGUGCAGGUGCUGGACGCCAACGACAACGCGCCCGUCGUGCUGUACCCGCCGCAGAACGGCUCUGCGCCCUGCACCGAGCUGGUGCCGCGCGCGGCCGACGCGGGCUACCUGGUGAGCAAGGUGGUGGCGGUGGACGGCGACUCGGGCCAGAACGCCUGGCUGUCGUACCAGCUGCUCAGGGCCACGGAGCCCGGGCUGUUCGGCGUGUGGGCGCCCAGCGGCGAGGUGCGCACGGCCCGGCUGCUGAGCGAGCGCGACGCGCCCAGGCACAGGCUGGCGGUGCUGGUGCGCGACCACGGCGAGCCGCCGCUGUCGGCCACCGUCACGCUGCACGUGCUGCUGGUGGACGGCUUCUCGCAGCCCCACCUGCCGCGGGCCGAGGCGGCGGCCGAGCAGGCGCGGGCCGAGCCGCUCACCGUGUCCUUGGUGGUGGCCCUGGCGGCGGUGUCGUCGCUCUUCCUGCUGUCGGUGCUGGGCGUCGUGGCGGCGCGGCUGUGCGCGAGGGCCCGGGCGGCGUCUGCGGGGGGCUGCUCGGGGCCCGGGGGCGGCCUUGCGGGCCACGUGGUGGACGUGAGCGGCGGCGGGACGCUGUGCCAGGCCUACCGCUAUGAGGUGUGCCUGGCUGGAGAACCUACGACUGGUGAGUUCAAAUUCCAGAAGCCAAUGUUCCCCAACCUCUUGGUUCACGACACUGAGAGAGAAAUUAAAGCAAGCCACAACUGCAGGAAUAGCUUUGUAUUCAGUUAAGCAUUUUAUUUUGUCCUCAGCCCCUUGUAAUUUUGGCAAACCUAUCUCCGAUUGCAAUACCUUUAAGAAAUUGGAUUGUUGUCUAAAUAUGUAUAUCUCUUCCAGAUGUAUGUAUGUUACUGAUCAUGCUGUUUCUUUUAUUAAUAUUCAUUGUAAUUAGCAACUUUUAGGUACACUGGAUGUCAUGUUUUUCUUCAUAUUUGACUUUCUUUUGAUGACUGAUCUCUCCAUAACUAUUAAUUACUUCAGUAAUAGGAGAAAAUUUAAUUAAAUCAAGUUCUUAAUGUCUUUUUUAUGAAACGUUUUAAAGGUUUCAUGUAAUCCUGCAUUUCUAUGUAUUUGUGGUGCUUGUCUUUACUCUAUAGCUUUACCUUUGCAAGGCCAGAUGUUUGGAAUGCUUCCCAGCUCCCUUGGCCUUUCUUGUUGUCUUUUCUACAGGCUAUGCCUGAUGAAUAACCAUGAGCACAUAUCUUAGCAUCCUUGUUUCUCCCAAAUUGUACAUAAGCAUGUACUUCAUUAAAAUAAUACACUAAAAUUGUGACCUUCUCCCAUUGUGAGCACUAUAUAUGCUAAAGAUUUAAAAAAUUCAUUCGAUUGCUACUUACUUAGCACAUUGUAAGUGCUCCAUAAAUGUUAUUAAAAUUUAAAAAUUAUUCUCAUUUAUAAAUAAUAAUUGAGGAGAAAAUCUUCUAUAAUUUGCAUCACUUUCACUAAAUAAAACUAAGUCACUGCUUGGUAAAAUCUUUAAAAACAAAUCUCAGAUCUUUAAAUAAACCUUAAAUCCUUUCAAAGGAUUCAAGACACGAAGGGUAUCAUACACUUCCUUACCCUUCCUUUUGACCAAGUGUAGUUUUGUGUGUGUGUUUCUUUUGGUUUUCCUGUACCUUCUCCCCACCAUUCAAAAGAAUCAGAGAAUUUCUUCUGAGUUUCAGUUGGUCUAUUUGAGUCUGAUUAUUGGGUGAUAGCAGAUUUUACUUUAAGUUACACCGCAGACACGGACAGCCUUCAGCAACAAAAUAAUGAUUUAUUUUCAAUACCCCAGUUAUCUUGUUUUGUUUUUCAGUGUAGCUUUCAGGUAUUUUGUGUAAAUUUAUCAAUUAUGGUGAUAUUUCAUUUUUAAGAAAUAAGCAUUAUUUUGUCCUUUAGGACAAAAAGAAUAGAAAUGGAAAUUAAAUUAGAUAAGAAAUGAAUUUCUCUCUAAUUGCUUUAUGUUGUGUUCAAUAAUCAAGUAAGCUGAUCUUGUGGUUUCCAACUAAAUUAUAUGGAUAGAACUAUAAGACCACUUAGUUGAACUUCUGGCACAAUGUGAGCAAUUAAAGAUCUUGAUUUAUAACCUAAAUAUUUGUUUUUAAAUCUCACGUGCCAUCCUGCUGGAAUCUGAUUAUUUGCUUUUUUCCUUGAAUUACUUUUUUCCUAAGGAUAUAAUAAAAUAAAAAGAGGAAGUUACUGAUAGUUUGUGUUAUUCAUGAAGCACAGCUUACAGCUUUCAUCCAAUCUAAAAACUGAAAUGACAAAUGAUAAAAAGAACAAAAUUAAAUACAAAUAUGGUAUUCAGUUUUAAUGGCAUCUCAUUAUUAGCUAUUUAAAUGAAACAGCUUUUAUGUUUAAUGACAAGAAUUCUGGUUGAAGUUUUCACCAAUGUAUUUCAACAUCAUGAAAAUCCAAGACCACUUUUUUUUUGUUUAUGCCAGGAAAGUCCAAUUUUUAUAGUCACCCAGAUGAUACUGAUCAAAUAAAUACCCAGGACCCACUGUUAUGAAUUUAUGUGAGUAAAUUUACAAAUGACUUUGUGUAUUACUUUAUGAAUUAUAUGAGUAUUCAUAAAGCGUGGAUCCUUCCUUACUGGCUAAGGAUCGCCACCAGACUUUGGUGUAAAACACAUCAACAUUCUGAAAUUUAGUUAUUAGAAUUUAGUAGUUAAACAUGAUCUAAAUACCUUCCACAAAAUGCGUACCUUAUGAAAAAGAGCCAGUAGUUGCAAAACAAAAAUAAUGGAGGUCAAAUACUUGGUAACAAUAUCCAUUUCAAUCAUGUAUUUCCUCAGAUGUUCCUAUCAUCUUCCCCCCCCCCAGCUUUAUUGAGAAAUAAUUGAUAUACUUACUGUGCAAAUUAAGGCAAACAGCAUGAUAAUUUGAUUUACAUAUAUUGUGAUAUGAUUAUCACAACAGGUUCAGCUAACAUCCAUCUUACAUGUGCACCUUUUACAAUUCCUUUGUUGUUAUUUUUAGGCAUGCAUAUAGUAAGUUUUGGGGACAGAAAUUCUACUGAAGGAAAUACAGGCCCACAUCACUUGUACACUCCCUUUUCCUUUCUACCUAAAGUUGCAAAAUACAGAUUUUAAAUAGUCUGAGUUUAAAGUCAUGCACAUAUUUGGUGUAAUUAUGCUUCUAUGUUAUAUGGCUUAUCUAAUAGCAGAAACAACUAUAAAAUUUGAUUAAAAUUCAGAAAUGAUCUGUUUGCAGCAACAGACAGCAGUUGAUAUAAUAGAAACUGAAGGGGCUAAGAUUUCUGAAAAGGAAAAUCCUUGGAGAUGUGAGCUGACUCAUCAGUCUGCCCUGAGAGAAUUUGCUAAGUUUGAGAACAGACAAAAGUCUCUUGCCAAGGAUAGGGUAACUUAGCCUUUGGAAGGUGAAUAUUUAAGCUUAUGGCCAAUUUUCCCCCUGAGGAUACUCUUCAAAAUCAGGUACAUCCCAGGGAAGACCAAAAAUGUAAGUGGAAACUUUCUGAAAAAGAGGGUGCAAUUUUGAUAGUCUCGCUGCAAAAGCUUAGGAUUUAGAACCUGCCAUGGGAAGGGACUGUUAAGUUCUCAACUGAAACUUCUGGAGGGUCAGGUACUUAUCAGGACUGCAAAGACCCUUGACUAAGCACAAUGUCUGUUUGGAUUAAGGAAAUUUGAUUAUAUGUGACUCUAUCAAGCUAACAAAGGAAAAAACGAACUCUUUCUGGAGGAAGAUAGUAUUAUCUGGAUCCUGGACAGCUUUUUACAUAAAUGUUUAGCAUUUAAUAAAAAAUUAGUAGGCACAUGUGCAUGCGUGCACACACACACACACACACACACACAAAUCUAGAGCAAAAACAGACAAUACAAAGACCCACAAAAGAAACAGAUACUAGGAUGUACUGACAAUGAUGUUAAAAUAAGUAUGACUAAUAUGUUAAAUAUAAAGAAUAGAGAAAACAGAUAAAAGAGACUUUCACCAGAUCAUUUAAAUUUAAAAUGGAAAUUACAGAACUGAAAAAUAUAAUGUCUGAAUUAAAAAACAUUUAGAUGGUUUAAUGGCACAGUAGACAUAAAGGAAUACAGGAUUAGUGAAUGCAAGGCAGGCCAAUAUAAAAUGUCCAAAUAGAGCACAGGGAAAAGAAAUAAUGAAGAAUCCAGAAAACAAUGGUAGUGGAAUGUGGGACAUAAUGAAAAACUCUGACAUGUACAUGAUGGUAAUUUUAGAAGAACAAGACCAGGAAUGGGGACUAAGCAAUGUUUGAAGAGAUAAUAAUCAGGAAUUUUGCAAAAUUGGUGAAAACCUUUCACUCCUCAAGAUGCUGAGGGACACCCAAUCAGGAGAAAUAAAAAACAAAGCACACGUAGGCAUAUCAUAGGAAAGCUGUUGAAAACCAAAGUCAAGGAGAAAAUCUUAAAAGCAACCACAUAAAAAUGACACAUGGCUUUUAAAGGAGUAUCAAUCAAAUGGAGAGCUGACUUUUCAAUAUAAAUCACAAAAUCCAGGGAAAAGAAAUGAUGUC